AUGGCUGUGGCGCUCGUUGAGAGGCGGGAGCUGGAAGGCGACCCUACGACUUGGAACCGCAUGAUGUACGGCCUAAAGCUCAUUGCGGAUGCAGCGGGGCAGCGAGGCGCUGGCGUGCUGGUAGCGGUGGUGCAGCAGCAGGGCUUGGGCGACUUGUCUCCUGACCGAGUCCAGGCGGUAUCCCACAACCUGACGUUAGACCGGAGGCUGAUCAUCCCGCUGCCCGUCGUCGCGCCUGCGGGUGCCCUGCCUGACGACCCCGCCAUCCGCCAUGUUCGCGACGCGGCUCUGGCGCGGCUGGGCAAGCUGGUUCUGGAGCUGUGCAGCUCGUACUACAGCCGCCUGUCAAAGCACCUUGCGGUGUAUGCGGAGUUUCGUCAGGACUGGGCCACAGCAGUUGCGCACUACCGGGAGUCGUAUGGCGCCAUUCUGGCGGUGCAGAUUGGACCUCCUCUUCGCCCGGAGCGUUGGACGGAGGUGUGCGCUGUAGCUGAGCUGGUGCACCUGAAGCUCAUUAUGUUGGCCGUACACCAGGGCAGGGUGGAGGACGCGGUGGCGCAGGUGCGGGCGCACCUCGCGCACUUCGGCAAACCGCCAGGCGUGUUGCCACCCGCCGCCGCCGGCAGCCACCUCGGCUACCUCGUCCGCCAACAUCAGGUAGCGGCUCAGGAGGUCGGCACCCACGUCGACGCGCUGCCUGCCUACAUGCCGGCGUUCUCCACCGCCGGAAGCACCGUGACCGGCGCCACAGUCACCGGCACCGCCGCGGCCACGGCCGCGGCCGCGGCGGCGGCGGCGGCGGGGUUCACCGGCGGCAGCACCGCCAGCGCCAUUCCGCUGCCGCCGCAGCCGCAAGUAACGGGCGGCGGAGCGGCCGCCAUCGCCGCCGCCGCUGGUGCCACCGGCGCGACAGUCAACACCACAGGUGCGAUGGCGCCAUCCGUGGUUUCCAGCUCCACGCUAAAGGACUGUAGUCGAGCGCACCUUUUGAUAGCAGCGGCGCAAUUGGCGGUGGCGCGACGGCAGGCAGCGGACGCGAUGCGUGCGGCGCGUGCCGCUGGCGGAUGCGCGCCACUGCUGGACACGGCGCCGGUUCGACGGGGCCAGUACGUUGGUCAGCUGGUGCUACGCAAUGAAGCGGCGCAGGGUGGACACUCGCCGCUGUCUGAUCACGACUACCUGCUAUUUCUGGAGUCGGAGGAGUGUCGACUGGUGACCGCACCCUACGUGAUUGACGUCAUGAACUCCGCACUGCUCAUACUCAAGGACUGUGCAGACCGGGACCCUCCGAGGGUAGACCGGCUUCGCAGCCAGCUUGGCGGCAUGAUGGCUUCGGAGCACAUCCUCGCUAAUAACCUAUCCGCAGCCAGGAAGCUGCUGCUGCAGGUGUGCCACCAAUACCGGCGAGAGGGCUGGCUGCUGCCGCUGCUGCAGGCGCUCGUGUCCCUGCGGGAGGUAGCGCAGCGGCUACGGCUACCGGCGGAGCACGUGUGCUACAGCCUGGAGAUCGCCGCCCUGGCGACGCAGUUGCAGCUGCUACGAGAGGCACCGGCGGCCGUCGGGCAACCGCCCUCGGCCCCUAACCACCUCAUGCACUCCCGGUCGAGUUCAAGUCUGGCGGAUGACCGCCGCCAUGCGGCGGCAGCGGCGUCCAGGACGCUCAGCGCCGCCGUCGCGGCCCAGGCGUCGUGUGCUACUCGAGUCGCGGACCCCGCCGCAGCGAUGGCGGCAUGCAGGUCCGCCAUUAAUACGCUGAUGACGGGCAUCUCGGAAAUAAAACAGGGCAUUAUGAAGACGACGGGCACAGCGGCGGCAGCCGGGACGGCGGUUCCGCCGCUGUCGCCAACGGAGCCGUCGCCGUACAUUGGCACAGCAUCAGACGGCGGCGCUGUGUUGGCGGUUCCGCCGCCGACGCCGGGGCCGCCGACGCCGUCGGUCAGCGGUGGCGGUGGCGGCCUGCCGCGGCAUUUUCACUACACGGUGGAGUAUUUGGACUUGCGGGAGGCUCAGCGCCGGGCCCGAGAGGCCGGGGACCUGCGGCCCAUGGCGGAGAUCAUGCACCGCCACACGCAACAGGACUUCGGAUGGUGCAGGUGCCUGGCGCUCGCCGCUGGUUUCACGUACGGCCGCCCCGAUCCGGACACCGCGGACUUCUACCUGGGCCUCUACAACCAGCUGCCGAUGCCGGUGCCACUCAAGGCCGUCAUCCUGCACUUCGUUGACGACCACGGCGAUAUCUGGGUCCAGGCGCUACCCGGUGUCGUACCCCCCCAAGAAGCCCCCGCUACCCCACUGCCGCAACAUAUUGGCGCCGCGCUGGACUCUGCCACACACUCCUUCCACCACCUGCACCUCAACUCGCACCUGCGUCCCCACACCGCCCGACAACAGCAGCAACAACAGCAAGAAACAGCAGCCUAUGGGCAAGCGGGGGAGCCGCCAUCCACACCGCACAACGGUCGCCAACCGCUGCCUGCCGAGUGGUGGAUGAGCCAGGCAGGCCAACAGCAGCAGCAGCAACCGCCAGCAGCCACGUCGGGCGCGGCAUGUAGCGGUGGUGAUGGUGGGGAAGGCGGCGUGUGCGAAAGCAGCGCCACCGGUAUUGGCUGCGGCGGUCGGUUACCAGGCCAACUCCACAAAACUGACGGACCUCCCUCCACCUCUGAGGGCGUAUCCGGGGCCGCCGCCACGCCCGCCCCAGCUUCCACGCCCUACCACGCCGCCGCCGCCGCCACAGCACCUUCACUGUUGCCGUUGCCGCCGUACCGCUGGUCGCACUUCUCCGUGCGCCUGGCCCCCCGGUGCCUCGGCCGCCUGCGCGCGGAACGCGCCAUCCUGCUCCUCUCAGACCACGCCACUGUCGUAUUCAAGCUCGCGUCCUUCCCACCCGCCACCGCCGCCACCGCGGCGGCGCAACCCGGAGUGUUGACGGGGCCGUUGCUAGUGCCGCCAGGCGGUGGCGGUGGCGGCGGCGGCAACGGCGCCUCCGUCGACCACGCCGCGGCGCCAUUCCGCAGUAUCCGCGCCGCCGCCGCCACCGACGGCGGCCCGGCGGUGUCGCCAGGGCAGCUGGUGUUAACGGUGGCGCAUCUAGGGCCGCUGCCGACGUUGUCGUACGGCCUUCCUGCGGGCCUUGCGCUGCUCGGUGAGCAUGCUCCGCUGCUGGCGAUACUGGCGGUGGCGCCGGGGGGCCGGCCGCUGCUCGGUGCCUCUAUGGAGUUCGUGAUUGGCCGUACUAGCGGCGGCCUGCAGGCCUCCGAUAUCGUAUUGGUGGUUGACGACACGGAGGCGACGCGGGGGCUUAUGGCGCUGAACAACGAGCGAUACCGCAUACCGCUGCCGCCUGUGCAGCCGGGUCGCAGUCACACGGUGCGGCUGUGGGCGAGGUCCGCGGCGGCGGGAACGGCGGCGGUGGCGGCGGUGCUGCUGUGCCCUGCACAGGUGACUGCCACAGCCACACUGACCUUCGAGGAGCCGUUUGAGUUCAAAUGCAGGAUGUCCUCGGAGGUGGGAAUCCACACGUUGUCACUGCCUCGACUGACGACUCGGGAGGGUGGCACCACGGCGCUGACCAUCGGCCAGCCCGUGAUGGUGACAGCCAUGAUCCGGGCACUACAGCCCGCCACAUUAGAGCUGGCGGGGGCGCAGGUGGCUCUGGAGCCCAGUGCCGCCAUCAAGCUGGUGGCCGACCCCAACCAGCAGCUCACCGCGCACGGUCCCGCCACUCCCAUGACCCUGGCCCGCGGGGACGUGUUCACUUUGCUGCUGCCCAUCUGUCCCACUGAGCUGCUGGAACACGGUCGCAGCAUGGGGCGGCUCAACCUGAGGUGGCGGCGAGCAGCGGGCAGCCUCCUGCGACCCGCCUUGCCUCCCACUCCACCUCCACCUGCAUCUCCAUCACCCCACCAACAUCAUAGCCAUCAUGAACACCAGAACCGAAAGGCUGAGCUUUCCCAGCACCACUACCAACAACAACAACAGCAGCAGCAGCAGCAGCAGCAACAGCAGGAGGGGGAUCGGGGUGAGACGGACGCCCCUGGUGACGGGGGUAGGGGGGUUAGUGGGGAUGGGGGUGGGGGUGCGGUUAGGGGAGGGGAAGCUGGUGGUGGCGGAGGAGGUGGGGACUGUGUGGAUCCGUUGGGGGAGCCCUGCCCUGACCCAUGGGUCACCAGUGUGUUGGAGCUGCCGCGGGUGACGGUUUCGGAGAGCCUGCUGACUGCGAGGACGCUGGGGCCUGCGCAGAUUACCUCGGGGAUCGCCUUCACUUACACAUUGCAGCUCCAGAACUUCAGCUCCACCCCCCUGGAGCUCAUGAUCUCCCUCAUGGACGCCCCCGGCUUUGCCUGCGCCAACGAGCGCAGUCCGUCCCUCUCCGUGCCCCCCCGGGAGAGGUCCUCCGUGUGCUGGACCCUCACUGCCAGCGUGCCCGGCCACCAGCAGCUGCCGGGGUUCGGUCACAGAAUCGUGUCCGACGCAUCGGCGAUAUGA